AUGGAGCCGACGGCCACCACCACCACCACCACCACCACCACCACCACCACGGCCGCUGCUGAAGACGGCUACCACUCGCCCAUCGAAGCCCCGCCCGGCCUCUACGUCAAGGCCCUCUACGACUACACCUCCGACGACCGCACCAGCCUCAGCUUCCGCCAGGGCGACAUCAUCCAGGUGCUCAACCAGCUCGAGACCGGCUGGUGGGACGGCGUCAUCGCCGACGUGCGCGGCUGGUUCCCCAGCAACUACUGCGCCGUCGUCGCCGGCCCCGACGCCGCCUUCGCCGCCCGCCCCGCCGACGACGACCUCAGCGCCGGCUCUGCCACCGACGACGACUACGACGAUGCCCUCGACGAUGACCACCACCACCACCCUCAGGACCACGACGACAGCCUCGCCCUCCGCCCCGUCGAUGCCACCCCCGCCGCCCGGGCCUCGCGCGAGGAGGCCGCCUUCUGGAUCCCCCAGGCCACCGCCGACGGCCGUCUCUUCUACUACAACACCCUCACCGGCUACAGCACCAUGGAGCUGCCGCUCGAGACUCCCACCUCGCCCAACGAGGCCGGCCCGCGCAACCGCGCCAACAUCUACGUGCCCGACCACACCCGCGCGCCCCCCGACAUGACCGCCUUCGAGGGCGACUACGACGGCUCCGCCUCCGAGGCCGAGGGCGAGUCCCUCUUCUUCACCUCCAACGGCACCCUCGCCCGCCGCCGCCGCUCCGCCCUGUCCGACGGCGUGUCCCCUGCCACCUCGCUGGACUCGCUCGGUCGCUCGCCCGUGCUGAAGAUGCGCGACCACCCCCCGCCGCACUUCCGCACGCCCACCUACCCGCCGCAACAAUCCUCCCUGCCCGCCGCGAAUGCCCUCCCGCCGCCGGCUACGCCCACCGCGCUCACCGCCGCCGUCUCGACCUCCAUGUCCUCCUCCAUUCCUCGCUAUUUCCUCGACGACCCGACCUACGCCCCUCCCACCUGGGCCUCCUUGGUCGACAAUAUGCGCCAGGCCAUCGACGCAUACCGCCAGGCCAUGAUCGCCGGCGACCGCGCCCAGUUCGUCAACCGCGCGGAAGACAUCUCCGACCACCUACGCAUGCUCUUGGCCGCCGGGUCAGAUACCACCGACAACCACUCCGGCAACCCGUCCGUGAUAUCCACCAACAAGGCCCUGUACCCGCAUUUCCGAGACAUGAUGUCCAAGUUCUCCAAGCUCGUUCUGUCGUCCCAUAUCGCCGCCGCGGACUGGCCCGGCCCGGACUCCGCCAACAAGUGCCUCCACGAAGCGGAAGGAGUCCUGGCCGGCGUGUAUGGCUAUGUCAACGUCGCCAGGCAACAGAAGGGGGAGGAUAUCCGCCGGCUGGUGCCUGGCUUUGUCAGUGGGAGCGCGUCCGGCGGCCAUUGGCGGAACAACAAUCUCUGCGACAAGGAUCCCACCGCCUUCCUCGACCACGACUCCGCCCGCGAACAGCGCGCCGCGCCGCUGAUCAAGCUCGACUCCGCGCUGCUGGAGCGGAUUGACGAGCUCCGCAAGUCCGUCGUCGCAAGCUGUCGCCUGCUGGACAAGCAGCUGAAUCUGAAUGAGAAGGUCCUCACUGCCCACGCCCACACGGCGAUUUCAGACGCCAUCUGCGUCGCCGGCCUUCACAUCGUCGAAGGUUUCCGCCCGUGGAUGUCGCAUAUUGAAUCAAUCGACCUUUCUCACCUUGGCACCAGCUUUCAAAAUCCUCAAUUGGCUGAUUUCAGCCUGCAGAAGCAGCGCGCCUACGACGGCAUCGCCGAUCUGGUGCUGGCCUGCCAGGCCACGUCCGCGCCGCUGGCCGACGAGUGGGCAGAGCUUCGCGCGGACGCUUUGGACACCCGCCUGAACGACGUCAAGAUUGUCACCAAGCAGUUGGAGCAAUUUAUGUCCCAGAUUGGAUUUUCACUCACGCUGCUUUUGGAACAGUCGCCGCUGGACGCCCCCACCGAAGAUAUGAAGAAGAUGCGCCUGCGUUCGGACUCUCAAGUGAGGAAGCUUCCGCCAGAGUCGAUUGGUAUUCCGUCGUCGUACCCAAUUACUGGUGAAGACUUGAUGGAGAAGCCGCAGCGCACGCUUGAUAAAGCACAGCGGUUCUUUGGACAGCCGGUUCCCCGCGAGCCACCACUGCCCGCCCCCCACCGCGAUGUCGAAGAGACCCUCUGGUUCUUGAGACUUGAUUAUGAGGGAGAAGUCUUCUACGAUAUGAAAUCCGAGGUGCCGCAAGUCAAGUGUGGCACACUUGCUGGGCUCGUUGAGCAACUCACCCGCCAUGAUAAACUAGACCCUUCCUUCAAGGACACCUUCCUACUCACCUAUAGAUCCUUUUCCUCCGCGCCGGAGCUGUUCGAGAUGCUAGUGCACCGGUUCACACUGCAGCCGCCCGCGGGCUUGAACGCGUCGGAGCUCCAGCUCUGGACGGAGCAGAAACAGAACCCCAUUCGCAUCCGCGUCGUCAGUAUUCUCAAGAGCUGGCUCGAGACGUACUGGAUGGAACCCAACGACGACCCCAGCAUGCGGCUGCUGGGCCGCAUCCACGCCUUCGUCAAGGACAUCAUCGCCAACACCAAGACGCCCGGCACGUCGCAGCUCCUCAGCUUGCUGGAGCAGCGCAUGCGCGGGCUCGACACGUCGGCGAAACGCCUGGUGCCGACGCUCACCGCGCAGACGCCGGCGCCGAUCCUGCCCAAGCACAUGAAGAAGGUCAAGUUCCUGGACAUCGACCCGACCGAGUUCGCGCGCCAGCUGACCAUCAUCGAGUCGCGGCUGUACGCCAAAAUCAAGCCGACCGAGUGCCUGAACAAGACGUGGCAGAAGAAGCUCGGCCCCGACGAGCCCGACCCGGCGGUCAACGUGAAGGCGCUGAUUCUGCAUUCGAACCAGCUGACGAACUGGGUGGCCGAGAUGAUCCUGACGCAGUCGGACGUGAAGAAACGCGCGAUUGUGAUUAAGCAUUAUGUGAUGAUUGCGGACAAAUGCCGGGCGAUGAACAACUACUCGACGCUGACCUCGAUCAUCUCGGCGCUGGGCACGGCGCCGAUCCACCGGCUGAGCCGGACCUGGGCGCAGGUGAACCAGAAGACGUCGGCGACGCUGGAGACGAUGCGCAAGCUGAUGGCGAGCACGAAAAACUUCGGCGAGUACCGCGAGACGCUGUACCUGGCGACGCCGCCGUGCAUUCCAUUUUUCGGCGUGCACCUGACGGACCUGACGUUCAUCGAAGACGGGAUCCCGUCGCUGACGCCGUCGAACCUGAUCAACUUCCACAAGCGGGCGAAGACGGCCAAGGUGAUCCGCGACAUCCAGCAGUACCAGAACACGGCGUACCCGCUGCAGCCGGUGGCGGACCUGCAGGACUACGUGCUGAGCAACAUGCAGGUGGCGGGGGACGUGCACGAGAUGUACGAGCGCAGCCUGGAGGUCGAGCCGCGCGAGCGCGAGGACGAGAAGAUCGCGAGGUAUGGCCGCCUGUAUGACCCGUCGCUGUUUGCGCUGGCGCUGUCGGGGCAUUGA